AAUAUGCUAAUGAGAUGGUAGGGACUAGCCAAUAGAACGGCGAGGCGAUGUAUCACGUGGCUCGGGGACGUGUCAGGGGCGGAGCCUCCGCAGCCCCUGCCCGAGUUAAAACCGGAGUGUGAGAGAGAAAAGCGCUUCAGUAGCGAGAGGGGCUGAGAAAGUGGUGACACUGGCGGGGUGCGGAGGGAGUCCCUGAAACUUCUCCCAACAGCCCCAGGGCCAAUCUCCCCUCAGCCCACUCCCCUCUUCGCCAGCUCCCAGGUCCCCACUCCCUGUACCGGGGGUGGGGUGGGGAGCCAGGCCCGUCUCCCGCUGGGACACACACAGGGGCCGGGAGCGGGGACGGGACCCCCGAGGCGGGGGGGACGGACCGACAGACAGACGGCUGGGCGCCCGCCCCAGCGGGCAGGCAGGCAGGAGGAGGCGGAGGCGGGGGUACGACGGGGAGGACUGGGUCUGGGGAGUUUCCUCUCAACUAUCGGGGGAGAAACUCCCCGCAGCCGGAGGAAAGACCCAGACGGUGUUUUCCUCCCGGGGGCCGCGCUCCCCCGCCCCGCGUAGCGGCGGUCGCCGCCACCGGCGCCUCCACCUCUACCAUCUCCUCUUUCUCCACCACCUCGGGCCCCGGUGUCCCCGGCCAGCACUAUGCCCAUCUUACUGUUCCUGAUAGACACGUCUGCCUCUAUGAACCAGCGCAGCCAUCUGGGCACCACCUACCUGGACACGGCCAAAGGCGCGGUAGAGACCUUCAUGAAGCUCCGUGCCCGGGACCCUGCCAGCAGAGGAGACAGGUAUAUGCUGGUCACUUUCGAAGAGCCGCCCUAUGCUAUCAAGGCUGGAUGGAAAGAAAACCAUGCAACGUUUAUGAAUGAACUGAAAAACCUUCAGGCUGAAGGACUUACGACUCUUGGCCAAUCCCUAAGGACAGCUUUUGAUUUAUUAAAUUUAAAUAGAUUAGUAACUGGCAUAGACAACUAUGGGCAGGGAAGAAACCCUUUUUUCUUGGAGCCAGCAAUAAUUAUCACAAUUACUGAUGGGAGCAAGUUGACUACCACCAGUGGAGUUCAGGAUGAGCUUCAUUUACCUCUUAAUUCUCCUUUGCCUGGAAGUGAAUUGACCAAGGAACCUUUUCGUUGGGAUCAGAGACUCUUUGCAUUAGUGCUGCGGUUGCCUGGCACCAUGUCAGUAGAAUCAGAACAGUUGACAGGUGUGCCUUUAGAUGACUCUGCAAUCACACCAAUGUGUGAAGUGACAGGUGAUGGACAGCCAGAUAUAUCAAGGCCUUUUGGAUCUCAGCCUUGGCAUAGCUGUCACAAACUCAUAUAUGUCAGACCAAAUCCUAAAACUGGGGUUCCUAUAGGUCAUUGGCCUGUUCCAGAGUCUUUUUGGCCAGAUCAAAAUUCGCCAACACUACCACCUCGUACAUCUCAUCCUGUAGUGAAGUUUUCCUGUACAGACUGUGAACCAAUGGUUAUUGAUAAACUUCCUUUUGACAAAUAUGAGUUGGAACCUUCACCACUGACUCAAUUUAUCCUGGAAAGGAAAUCUCCUCAAACGUGUUGGCAGGUGUACGUGAGCAAUAGUGCAAAAUAUAGUGAACUUGGUCAUCCUUUUGGUUACUUGAAAGCCAGUACAGCACUGAACUGUGUCAACUUAUUUGUGAUGCCUUACAAUUAUCCAGUCCUUCUUCCCCUCUUAGAUGACUUGUUUAAAGUGCAUAAAGCAAAACCAACAUUGAAGUGGAGACAGUCAUUUGAAAGUUAUUUGAAGACAAUGCCUCCCUACUAUCUCGGGCCCUUGAAGAAAGCUGUUAGGAUGAUGGGAGCACCUAACCUAAUAGCAGACAGUAUGGAAUAUGGACUUAGUUACAGUGUCAUUUCAUACCUCAAAAAACUGAGUCAACAGGCCAAAAUAGAAUCUGAUCGAGUCAUUGGAUCUGUAGGCAAAAAAGUAGUACAGGAAACUGGAAUAAAAGUCCGGAGUCGAUCACAUGGUUUAUCAAUGGCGUAUAGGAAAGAUUUUCAACAACUCCUCCAGGGAAUUUCAGAGGAUGUCCCUCACAGACUGCUAGACCUUAAUAUGAAGGAAUACACUGGAUUCCAGGUUGCUUUGCUGAAUAAGGAUUUGAAGCCACAGACAUUUAGAAAUGCUUAUGACAUACCAAGACGAAAUCUUUUGGAUCACUUAACAAGAAUGAGAUCUAAUCUUUUGAAGAGCACUCGCAGAUUUCUUAAAGGACAGGAUGAAGAUCAAGUGCACAGUGUUCCUAUAGCACAAAUGGGGAACUACCAGGAAUACCUCAAGCAAGUACCUUCUCCACUAAGAGAACUUGAUCCUGAUCAGCCGCGAAGGUUGCAUACAUUUGGCAACCCCUUCAAGCUGGAUAAGAAGGGUAUGAUGAUAGAUGAAGCAGAUGAAUUUGUGGCUGGACCUCAAAAUAAACAUAAACGACCUGGAGAACCAAAUAUGCAAGGGAUCCCUAAAAGACGUCGGUGUAUGUCUCCACUACUAAGAGGCAGACAGCAGAAUCCUGUUGUAAACAAUCAUAUCGGGGGAAAAGGACCACCUGCACCUACAACUCAAGCACAGCCAGAUCUUAUUAAACCUCUUCCUCUUCAUAAAAUUUCAGAGACCACUAAUGAUUCAAUAAUACAUGAUGUGGUUGAAAAUCAUGUUGCAGACCAACUUUCAUCAGACAUUACACCAAAUGCUAUGGAUACUGAAUUUUCAACAUCUUCUCCAGCCGGUUUACUGGAACGGCCAACCAAUCAUACGGAGGCUCUUGGUCAUGACCAUUUAGGAACCAAUGACCUCACUGUUGGUGGAGUUUUAGAGAAUCAUGAGGAGCCAAGAGAUAAAGAACAAUGUGCUGAAGAGAACAUACCAGCAUCUUCACUCAACAAAGGAAAGAAAUUGAUGCAUUGCAGAAGCCAUGAAGAGGUCAAUACCGAAUUAAAAGCACAAAUAAUGAAAGAGAUCCGAAAGCCAGGAAGAAAAUAUGAAAGAAUCUUCACUUUACUGAAGCAUGUGCAAGGCAGUUUACAAACAAGACUAAUAUUUUUACAAAAUGUCAUUAAAGAAGCAUCAAGGUUUAAAAAACGAAUGCUAAUAGAACAACUGGAGAACUUCUUGGAUGAAAUUCAUCGAAGAGCCAAUCAGAUCAACCAUAUUAAUAGCAAUUAAAAGAAAAUAGAAUGUGGCCACUUAUUUCACUAUCUUCUUCAAAUACAAAGUAAAUACAAGACUGUUGUGAUCUUGCAUUCAUUUUCUGACAUGCAUUGUUGGCUAUUUGAAAUACUAAAAGCAAAUUACAGAUCCUUUUUCCAUCAUUUUACAGUGACCUUUUCUUCAUUUUGGUUUAUUUUUGUAAUGUGAAAAGUAUCACUCUAAAAAACAUUUUUAUUUAACGAACUAAAAAUAUUCCUCCAAAUCUCUUGCUUGUCAUUGACUCUUGCGUGUCAAUUUCCCUCAGGUUCUAUUUUCUUAAACCAACCUUUAAAAUUGUCACCUCUGUUAAGGUUGAACUUUGCCAAAAAAAAUUAAAAAGAAGUUACUUUGUAAUUUUUGGGGAAAAAAGCACAUACAUUAAAACUAGGUAAUGUUUUGUAUAUACAGUUAUUUUGGAUAUAUUAUUGUAAGUUGUACAAAUGUAUUUUGAAGAAUAUUUAAGAAAAGCACUUUUGUUAUUCCAUCAAUAAAUGCUCUAUUUUACUCUUGUGUGGUUUAGGAAAUAAUCACAUUUAAAGUAAUCAUUUAAAAACGUCCUAAGAUAAUGGAGUUUUAAAGGCCUUGCUUUUUAGCAUUGGAAAAAAUACACCACUUGAAGUUUAUGUUUGUUAAGCCUAACUGUAAUUACAUGUUACAUAAUCUGCAUUGCCUUUUUACUAUAUGUUUGUAGUUUUUGUUGGCCAUGCCAACAUACUCCCAUUUCUGCCUAGAUUAUGGGAAUGACUUUGUCUGGGGCAGAUAGAUACUUUAAAAGCUAUUUAAAAAGCAGACAACUUUGGAUAUUAUUGGUUUCCUUCAACACCUUUUCCUUUCUCACUAGGAUUGUGGGUGGCACAAAGUUGAAGCUGUUAGGGAGUGGUAGGUUUGGAGUGCACUACAUACUCUGAAAUAUCUAGCCUUUAGCAGCUUUAUGCCAUGCUUGCAAAAGCCCACAACAAAUUGGAGGCCUCUUUGUUCUGCUCUGCUGUUCUCACACUUAAACUCUGUUUUACUUAUAAGCUAAAUGUAAAGGAAACACCUUUAAGAAGACUUUCCUCAUUUUGCAUCCCCCCCUGAGUUUCACAGGAUAAGGAAAACCACAGUAUUCAUUCUCCACCCUCAAUUAAACAUGGCCUAGAAUAUCCUUACUGAGGAAGCGAUCUUACGGCCUGACUCACUCACCAUUCAUAGAUCACUGCUGUGCCUUUUAGUGGUUUGGGGGUAACCAGUAGAAAAGAAGGUCAAAAUAGAUUUGGAUUAAGAGUAGACAAAAUAAACUUAUAAAAUUUAAAAAUUGAAGUAUUUUUAGGUUUAUGAUAUUGAAAACCACAUACCCUUAGCUUUUUACACUUUAUCAGAACAUUUUUUUAAAUUUCAAGGGUAUAGCAAAAUUAUAACUUUAUGAAGAAAAGCAUCGAUGAAAGUGGAGAACAUGCAUUUAGUCUAGGGGAUUUGAAACUCUCCCGAUACUGAAGACAAACCCUGUCAAGAAAAAGAAUUUAAUAUUAUAUAGUAUUUUCAUAUGCAGUUCUUUAAGCUUUGUUUACUUCUAUACAAAUACUUUCAAGUAAUGCAAGAUAACAAUUACUAGGUGGAAUUGUUCAGGUAAUUGCCUGUAGUCACAUUGCUAAAUUCAAUGAGAGUUGCAUAAAAUCCAGAAUAUAUUGUCUGUUCCUAAAUUAUAUGUAUUUAGAUUCUGGGAUUAGUAGGAGGGAUUAGAAGUCAUUCAGAUAAAAAUUCAUACUUAACAAGAGUAUCUAGGGAAGAGAUUCAGCCUAUCCCAGUAUUUAGCAGCUUUCCCUAUCAGAAAGUUUUAUUUUCUUUUUCACAGAUUGCUCAUGACCUUUAAUACAUUUUUCUGAAUGAACCCUGGAGGGAGGUGAAAAGUAGCAGUUUUGUUCAUCUCUUCUUUUUGUCCUUUAUCUCUCUGCCAUUGUUCCCACCUCAUCCUAAAACCUAGUCAGGAGAGUUUGAAACCUAUUAGAACCAAAGGUUAAUAUCCCAUCUCCCUCAGGCUUUUUUCAUUUAAAAACAAAAACCAAAAAACUAUGGGUAUAUUAUUGUAGAAUUACUGUUGGAAGGGGAUUACAUCUAGGGGGAACAUCAUGUCUUUUAGGCCCUUUAUGUCACUGAAUGACUUAUGGCUCGACAAAUGAUAUUCUUGGAAAGUUUAAUCUUGAGGUUUUCAAAUCUUUUUUUUUUUUAAAUUCUCCCAUGUUUCCCAUUUGCUGAUUGAUUCAUUAGUUGCUCUUAGUAAGAUAUGUCAGUUUGGAAUAAUGAAGGCUGAGACUCAUUUCUAAACUCCUCCAUAACCAUCACCAGAAAAGCAGCCACUGUGUUGUGUGAUGUGAGCUAAUGCCUCCCAGAUAGAGGUAAAUAAAGUCACAAGGACUAUUAGAAUUCCGGUGGAUUGUGGAACUGGUUUUGGAUUAUCCUUAUAUUUUCAUUCUGAUUACUGAGGCAGUUCUGAAAACGCCUACCAUUGAAAUAGUGGUGUGUCUUUUCCUUGUUUAAGGAUUUUACAUCAUUUUUAUGCACUUGAAUUCCAAAAUCAGAAUCUCUCUUUUACCUAUCAACCUUUAUUGGCUAUUGGCUUUUGGCAAUGACCUUUCCAUUCAAAUGUAGUCCUGUCUCUUUGUUUCUUUAGGGAGUAGAACCUGUCCUUUUUUUGAUCUUUCAUUUUUUUGAUGUGUCCUUUCUGAGAGAAGGUUCUCUGCUGCCUGUUCUGGGUGAUAAGUGAUAUUUUCAUCUAAUCAUUAUGGGGUUGGGAUGAUCAUGGUGAAAUACUAGGAAGACAUAUUCUGUUGAUGGACUUUUUCUCCCCAAAUAAUCCCAAAUAGAUUAUUUUCUAGUGAAUGGUUUAUAUCUUUCUCGUCACAAAAAUGUUCCUUUGAUUUCUAGCACGAGGUACAGCAGGAUGCAAAUGAUUCUCAGAUAAAAUGAUGUUGACAGUAUUUCCUUAACAAUUUAUGUAAAACUAUGCAUAAUUUUCAUUAUCCUAACUUCUGACAUUUUUUCUCCAUAAAUAAAAGUAAUGCUUGAUGUUUAGUUAAAGUAGAUCCACCUUUGCUUGAUUUUAUUAGUCUUGUUCUAUCCUAUUUCUUUUUAAUACACUGUUUAGACUUGCCAACAACUCUUAACUGAGAAUCUCUUUUCCUUCCUAGGCUAAGUAAUUGUGAGUGGGGGAGGAAGAACAUUAAGAGAAAUAAUCUAAAGACUUUGUUCAAUGUUGUCGAAGCCUAAGGAUAUUUGUGUGUCCUUCUGAUGUACUGAGGCUUUGCCGGUACCACACCAUCUUUGGAUUACCAUAAGGUUAUGUAGUAGGACUUAAAAGUACUAGGGCAAACAUUUGAUUUUUGAGAAAGAUCAACAGAACAGUAUAGAAAUCCAGGUGCAUUCAUCAGAAUACUAGGAUCACAAGAGGACUACUCUGGUAUACUCUAGUGACCUGAAAAAAAACUCUAAAAUGGUAAGAAAGCUAGGGGACAAAGGGAAAAAAAGGGAAAGAUUUAUAAUUUAUUUUGCUUUCAUAAUUUUUCCAAGUAUCUUCAGAAGUAGAAAUCUAUAGCAUUUUUUAAAAAUCUACAUUAACUAUAUAUGAGCUGAGAAAAUGAGAAGGUAAAAAACAUGGAGGAUAAGUUUCUUUGUACUUACGAAAUAGUUCCCUUUCUUAGGACACAAGACAGCAACUGGGAAGCUUCUGAAGCAGCUAGAAAGAAUGCUUAUUUUUGAGGGGAUAGUGGACAAAUGAGCCCUUGUUGCUAGAGAGACACUGAUACAUAAUUUAUCUGAAUCCUGUCAAAAAACACUGUAAUACCUGUAUUAGGUUCUCUCAGGAAAUAGAUGAAUGGCCGAUCUGCUUUAAAAGUAGGAAUCCGAGACCUUUUCAAUAACAACAGAGCUGCAGGAAAGAAAGAAGAAUCCCAUUGCAUUUUCUGUGCAUUUUUAAGAAAAUAACUAUUGGUUAUGAAGUAAGUUAUAUCCCAUUUUUUUAAAGAAAUCCAAGCAUCCUAAUGGCAUUUCAUUGUUUACUGUUGUGAUGGGGGUGCAAAUGGGAAAAUUAAAAGAUGCCAU